AUGUCUGAAAACAUUCCCGAGUCGAUUCCCACGUCUGCAGACCCGAGAUCGAAGCGUGCCACUAAGAAGCGCGCCAUCACCCCACGCGCUCAGCUGGCAGCUCACGUUGAAGCCCUCUUUGCAAAGCCGGAUCGGGAAAUCCAGAUACCAGGCACCGGGCAGAAGAAGGAUCUUCCACCACCUCCGGAGAUAGUCGCGAAUGUCCAGGGUUCUAGCGCUGGAGCAGGGAGUGGAGAAUUUCAUGUAUACAAGGCGAGUCGGCGGCGCGAAUAUGAGCGGCUGCGGCUCAUGGACGAGGAGGUGAAGAAGGAGCAGGAGGAGAAGGAAUUUCAGGAAAGGAAGGCUGAGUUGGAAAGACUAGAUCGCGAGAGGACGGAGAAGAACCGGUUGAAGAGGGAGAAGCUGAAGGCUCGAAAGAUGAAGAAGAAG